UGAAAGAUCGCCACAUGGUAUGCACGCAUGACGUUACCAUCUCUGAUUGAUGGUCAAGCAUUCAAGCCAUACUUGCAUCAAUCUUGAAUCAAACCCAGAAACUAUCAAUCAAAAUGCAGGCAACAAUGGAGUUUAAGGACAGUAGUGAAAGUCAUCGGAGGAGGCUUAGGGACAAGAAGGUGAUCGACGUUCUGGCGCCGGACAAGCGGCGGCUGGUGGAGGUGCCGUACACCGCAUCCCUUGCUGACACCAUGAACGCCCUUGUGGCCAACCGAGUGGGGGCAGUGCCGGUGGCGGCCCCGCCGGGCCACUGGAUCGGGGCCGGGGGGUCCAUGAUCUUGGAGUGCGACAAGCAGACGGGCGCCGUCAGGAAGCACUACAUAGGGAUAGUCACCAUGCUUGACAUUCUGGCCCAUAUCCCUAGCGAGGACGGCGGCGGCGGAAUCCUUUCCUAUCUUGACCCGAGGAUGGUGGUCCCGGUUUCUUCCAUCAUCGGGCAUUCUCUGGAAAGCCUUAGCUUGUGGACACUCAACCCUAAUACUAGCGUUGGGGACUGUAUGGAAGUGUUCAGCAAAGGAAUCCACCGGGCGCUGGUGCCUCUGCACAGCCUCAAGGAAAACGUGGCCGGAGUGGAGCUGGCGGAGUCGGCGUCGACCUAUCGGAUGCUCACCCAAAUGGACUUAUUGAGGUUCUUGACGGCGCACGAUUCGGAGCUCAAAGCCGUGAUGUCGAACAGCGUGGCUCAGCUUGGCGGAGUCACCGAUCCCAUAUUCGCCGUCACAAACAGUGCCACAGUCAUCGACACCAUCAAGUGCAUGAAGGAGACUUCUCUCUACGCCGUCCCAAUCGUUGAAGCGUCCGAUGAUUCCGUAGAAGAUCACAGCCAGCUUAUAAAUGGGAAAGGGAGGAAGCUGAUGGGGACAUUUUCGGCGACGGAUUUGAGAGGAUGUCCGAUGGGUCAGUUGGGGGCGUGGUUGCAUGGGAACGUACUGGAGUUCACGGAGAUGCUAAAUGGGAGUUCGGAAACGGGGGAGGGGGCGACGCCAAGGGAGAUGGUGACGUGCCGGGGAGAGUCGGCGGUGGAGGAGGUGGUGGAGAAGGCGUUGAGCAAGCACGUGCACCGCGUGUGGGUAGUGGAAGAGGGAGGCUGGCUGGACGGCGUCGUUUCCCUCACAGACGUGAUUAGGGCAUGCAGGAUCCAUCUUCUUUCAGAAUCCUAGAAUUUAUUAAUUUGUGUGGCUUUGUAUCUUGCCUCGAGGGAUUUCGAUACUUCUUUUGUUGAUAAAAGUCAAGGAAAUGCU